AUGUCGGAGGACCAGCCCUCUCGCUCCGCGGAUGAUGAAAUAGAAACCUCCAAGUUCCCCAGCGAACAAACAUAUAGUCCCAGACAGGAUACAAUCGAUCAGCGAUUGAAACGACUCAGUCAAGAAGUUCUCCCAUUCUAUCCUUUCCUCCUUACUGUUCCUACUGAUGUGCCCUUCCACCUUGGGAGCCGCUUUGUCAACAACUGGGCAGUGAGUAAUGAAGGCCCUUUUACACCAGAGGAGCAACAGUUACAAUACAUGACUUUCCUGACGCAUCACGAAGGAGACUCCUUACUCGUGGCUGUGGGUGAUUGGUCCAACGCAACGGGGAACGUCAUGUCCGAUCAGCGUUCAGGGACCCAAAGUGCUACGAGCACGCCAUCGAACAAUUCAACCAAGAAGAAGAUAAGUUUGAAUGACUACAAGAAUAGACGGAAAAGUGGUACCUCGGCUUCUCCCAUCAGCCAUGAAACCGCUAACCAAGGCCCUUCGACAACUCGCACGCUUGAUACAAACGACCGAGGCGCUAAAGUUGGCAUUACUGGUAAUAGCCUACAGAGGCCACUAGAAAAGACUCUUCCAAGUCAACUCCGAUCCGCCUCUAACCCUGGGAGCAUCGAGCGCAAGCGCCCCUAUGAACGCAAUAAUGAACUUUUGAGGCCACAACAAAAGGGCCCUGCGCCCCUGAAAAAACCGAGGCUACCACCUGACCUUACAACAGACUCUACUAAGGUCGAUCGGCUGAAGAGUAAUGGACUUCCUGCCCUCCUAUCGCCGACUCUUCCUCCAACUUCAAGCAGUCCAAGAUUGCCUCGACUUUUGUCGCCCACGCUGCCUCCAGAUAUCGAGAAAGAGCUGGCCAAAUAUGAUGAAGGAUUGUUGGGAUUGGACUCAUCUCAAUCCGGAAUUUUUCCAACGCUUGAUAUUUUUGGAGCCAAGAUGCAGAAAGAAAAGUCCGCUAUGCACGGCCCGCCACAGGUGGACUCGGUAUCAUUUCAUAACAAAGCCUCUAACCACGAGGAUGACACAGGUUUAUUGACAACAGCGGAUGUAUCGAGUUUCGGUUCGUCAUUUGCCACAAGAAGCGACCCACAGUACCACGUGGGGAACACGCUACAAAGACCUGGCGAUCUUCCACCAAUUCAGCAAGCUGUUUUGGGGACAUCACAGCUAGUUGUGAAACUGAAAUAUGGAAGAUCAAACAGAAAACGAGUCGAAGCUCUCCUCAAAUUCUCGGGCAAAAAGAAACCAGCACUGCCAAAUUCACCUGUGAAAUAUGCACACGAUAUGGAGCCUUCCUUCGCUCCGAGUGCUGGGCAAAAGACGCCGGCAUUUGAACGUUCUGACUACAGCAAAUCACUGCAUUUGGAGGGGAAGGUGAAAAAUGUUGUGGCGGCGAACGCCAAUAUAAGAGAACACUCAAAACAUCUGAAAGUCUCUGCCCCAGCAAAAGGUCAAACACCCAUAUAUCUUAUCUCGAAUUCGGCCACGAUUCCACAGGAUACACCAAAAUCGGCGAAGGAUACCAAGUUCUCUAGCAACCGGUUAGAACUAUCUGGCGGCAAUGACGGAAGGUCAUCGUCGGUCCAGCCAGCAGCCAAGCGUUCCAGGACUUCAGACACACCUGCCAAAUGCUCGUCACCGCAAUCGAGCAAUACCGCAUCUCGCCAUUGUGACCGUCGAGCUUGGAAGGACGAAUAUCAAAAAUACGGGAAUCUGGGCCGAGAGUUAAAACAUGCUGCGGAACGACAUACGGCCAAAGACCGUGUAACAGCAAUUGAUGAAAAGCUCGCGGCCGCCACAGCUAUUGAGGCUAUUCUUUGCUUUAUUUUAGCAUUUGUUGCUGAUGAUCACUCGAAGGUACUAUCUCGCCAGGCUGCAGAUUCGUCUUCUUGGCUAUCGAUCCUUGCAUAUUGGCGUGUAGUGAGGAAAAAUAGUGCGCCCUACCCGCGACUUCACAGUCUCUGUCUGAUCCUCGGUGCUGUUUCGUAUGAUUCUAUCCACGCCCUUGAUCUUGAGCGACUUGCAGCCAUUCCAUUGCCUGGGGAGUACACCCCCAUACCCACUCCAGGAAGUGACGAAACUACAGUUUCAUGGGAAGAAAAUAAGAAGAAUCGAAAAGAGCUUCUUGAGUUGAAAAGCCGGCUACCCGAAUGUUACAGGGAAUCUCAGAAACUUUGGCUUGAAGGCUUGCGCGGUAUUUCAGAAGAUGUGCUCGCUCGCGAAUUCCCUAGCACCUGGUCUAAAAGGUCCAAAAAUUUCUCGGGGCUAGGGAAACAACGCUUGAAAGCUGGGGAAUAUUUUGGCGAGUACUUCUUACCAGUUGCACGGACAGCCACGCCUCUGGAGAUAAUCCGAUUCAGUCGUGCAAUUUUGAGUGAGUGGUGUUUGAAGGAAGGCGUUGGAUGGAACAGCCGACUUGAGCUGUAG